AUGGCCGGAGAUCAACUAAACGUGCUAAACGCACUUGACGUUGCAAAAACGCAAUGGUAUCAUUUCACCGCGAUUAUAAUCGCCGGAAUGGGAUUCUUCACCGACGCCUACGACCUUUUCUGUAUCUCUCUAGUCACUAAACUCCUUGGCCGCAUUUACUACCACGUUGACGGCUCAGAGAAGCCCGGAACGCUGCCUCCAAACGUCUCAGCCGCGGUUAAUGGUGUUGCGUUUUGUGGUACACUCGCGGGCCAGCUCUUCUUUGGCUGGCUCGGUGACAAACUCGGGAGGAAAAAAGUUUACGGUAUGACUCUCAUGGUAAUGGUCCUUUGCUCAAUCGCUUCAGGUCUCUCCUUUGGGAGUGACCCGAAAACGGUGAUGACCACACUCUGUUUCUUCCGGUUUUGGCUUGGUUUUGGGAUCGGUGGCGAUUAUCCGUUAUCCGCCACGAUUAUGUCGGAAUACGCCAAUAAAAAGACCCGCGGCGCGUUUAUAGCCGCCGUUUUCGCUAUGCAAGGGUUUGGAAUCUUGACCGGGGGUAUCUUUGCGAUCAUCGUGGCUGCGGCUUUCGAGGCUAAGUUUCCGGCUCCUGCCUAUAAAGUUGAUGCCUUGGCAUCCACGGUUCCUCAGGCGGAUUACGUGUGGCGGAUCAUUCUGAUGGUCGGUGCUUUGCCUGCCGCAAUGACGUAUUACUCGAGGUCAAAGAUGCCGGAAACCGCGAGGUAUACGGCUCUUGUGGCCAAGGACGCGAAGCUAGCAGCUUCGAACAUGUCUAAGGUUUUGCAAAUGGAGGUUGAAGCAGAGCAUGAGAGAGUUGAAGAGAUCUCUAGAGAUAAGUCCAAUUCCUUUGGCUUGUUCUCCAAGGAAUUCAUGAAACGCCAUGGGCUUCAUUUGCUCGGAACCACAAGCACAUGGUUCCUACUUGACAUCGCCUUCUAUAGCCAGAACCUUUUCCAAAAAGAUAUUUUCAGUGCGAUCGGAUGGAUCCCUCCGGCUCAGACUAUGAACGCAAUUCAAGAGGUUUUCAAGAUUGCCCGUGCACAAACCCUAAUCGCCUUGUGCAGCACGGUACCCGGUUACUGGUUCACAGUGGCAUUCAUCGACGUCAUUGGUAGAUUUGCGAUACAAAUGAUGGGUUUCUUCUUCAUGACCGUCUUUAUGUUCGCUCUCGCCAUUCCUUACGACCAUUGGACUCACAAGGAAAACAGAAUCGGAUUCGUGGUAAUGUACUCAUUAACAUUCUUUUUCGCCAACUUUGGACCUAAUGCAACAACUUUCGUCGUGCCCGCUGAGAUCUUCCCGGCUAGGUUUAGAUCAACCUGCCAUGGAAUAUCCGCGGCUUCUGGAAAAUUAGGGGCAAUGGUUGGUGCGUUUGGGUUCUUGUACUUAGCACAAAGUCCUGACAAGACCAAGACAGAGCAUGGAUACCCUCCAGGCAUUGGUGUCAAGAACUCGCUCAUUGUUUUGGGUGUGGUUAAUCUUCUGGGGAUGGUUUUUACUCUGUUGGUUCCUGAAUCUAAAGGCAAGUCUCUCGAGGAAAUGUCCGGUGAGAAUGAGAACAAUGAUGAAAGCAGCAGUAAUAGCAACAACAACCAAAACAACACGGCCCCAAUUGCAUAG